AUGGAACUGAACUGGUGGUGGAAGAAAUCUAGAGAUUACCCGGUACCACCGCGCCGGGGCCUGUACGGCGUUACCCACACGAGUCGUAGGAAAGCUCCCCCGAUAGCAGUAAGGAGUGCGUUCUUCGGCGAUUUUGAGAGGAUGCAGAAUGUAGAUAUUCCGACACCGACGACGACCUCUUGA